AUGAAACUUGAAUUGUCAAUCGUAUUGCUAUACGCAUUCUCUCCCAUCAUACCAGUUUUGGGAAUAAAUCCUGAACCCAUCUCCACAUCGGUCGUAGACGAUUAUAUUAGUGAAACCACAUCGUCGUCAUAUUCAACCCCAACUCAGACUAGCGAUGCAUUAAACACCAUGCCGCCCGUUUCAAGAAGUACCUUGGCUCCUUCACCCAACAAUGAACCUCGAAAAUUGCCCCGACUUCGAGGUCAAAGACUUGACAUUAAAAUCAUGGUUAUGUUUAUUUUGAAGCUUUUUGAAAUGAUUGGAGAAAUGCCAGGACAACCUGGUCCCGAUGGUUACUAUAUUGGAGAAGAGGAAUCACUUCCACCAUCUUCACAAUCUGGAAGUUCUUCAAAAUUAGAAAAGCUUACCAAGCUAUUCGAAAAACCACCACCAUCACAGUCUCCACCAUCAUCUCCAUCUUCACAACCUGGAAGUUCUUCAAAACUAGGAAAGCUUACCAAGCUAUUUGGAAAAUCACCACCAUCACAGUCUCCACCAUCUCCACCAUCGUCAUCACCACCGCAAUCUCCACAACUUGGAAGUUCUUCAAAAUUAGAAAAGCUUGCCAAGCUAUUCGAAAAACCACCACCAUCACAGUCUCCACCAUCAUCUCCAUCUUCACAACCUGGAAGUUCUUCAAAACUAGGAAAGCUUACCAAGCUAUUUGGAAAAUCACCACCAUCACAGUCUCCACCAUCAUCUCCACCAUCGUCAUCACCACCGCAAUCUCCACAACUUGGAAGUUCUUCAAAAUUAGAAAAGCUUGCCAAGCUAUUCGAAAAACCACCAGCAGCUGAUUCUACUGCUGCACCUGAUCUUAUUCUUACAGCAGAUGGUGUUGCUCAAGAAGAAAUAACAAUUUUGGUAAGAAGUUGUGGCAACUAUGGAGCGCGAAUGUUUCAAUGGGCAACUGAAUCAAAAAACUUGAUGACUUCAGUUCAACCCUCAAAGUAUCCUAGACUCGAAAGAAUUCAAAAAGAGCUUAUCUUACUUUUCAGUUUGAUUGCAGGCGCUGUAAUGAACUUGCUCUCUGGAUGUGACUUGGCUAUUGAUACUCUUCAGAGAGACGACACCAAAUACGCUGAUAUGUCUGAUCUUAUUUUCGAUCUUAUGAGGGAAAUUACUUUAAUCCUUAGAGAAAAAGUUAAACUUUUGGUUGCUAUGCUUAGUUCUCUUUCCUCUGAUUUAAGCAGAGUGAUUAAAAGGCUCAAAUCGUUUGAAGAACAAACCCUAGUUAUGCACGGUACAGUAGGUUAUUUGGCAUCCGCUAUUUACAAUCUAAAGCUCGAAGUAAAGGCAAAAGCAAAAGCAAAAGCGCUAUAUAGAGAAUAA